AUGUCGUCAGCCGGGAAGGAGAUGGGGAUGGUUCAGAGAAGGAGACAAAUCAGCACCGCGAGAGCAGUUGUCGUUGCUGCUGCCCUCGCCGUGCUGCGGGUUGCAGAUGGUUUCCGAUACGCAGCAGCGCCCUUGGAUCGGGGGGCAGCAGCGUUGAGCCGAGAUGAUCAUUGCGAGCACGGCUUGGCAUCAACGACGACGCGCAAAUCCCGCUCGCGCUUGAUGAUGAUGGCUACGGAUGACCCCGAACUGCCGGAAAUCAUCGAAGGUGGCAGCGGAUCUGGGGAGAAGAGCCGCUUCAUGCCCGUCAGCUUCGAUCGGGUCGAGACGCCUGUUGCCGUCGCCAAGGGAGCAGGGAUUGCGACAACGGCGGUAGCAUCCAGCGUGCUUGCAGGAAAGAUGCCUGCCACCACGGCGGGAGGGAAGACGCCCAGAGUGGCACAGCAGGGACAGGGGCAAAAGAAGGAGCAGUUCAUCCAGCCAGAGGAGGUGCCGACCACUUUCGAGCCGCAUGCGGCACAGCUCAUGCCCGAUGGCGGCAACACGCCAUGCUCCAUCAAGGUGGUGGGGGUCGGCGGAGGGGGUGGGAACGCCGUCAACCGCAUGGUCCAGACGGGCAUCGCCGGCGUCGAGUUCUGGAGCUUGAACACAGAUGCUCAGGCUUUGAGCCGAAACCUUGCCCCGGGGAAGCUAGCGAUCGGGCAGUCGGUCACUCGCGGGUUGGGGGCGGGGGGCGUGCCGAGCGUGGGGCGGAAAGCUGCCGAGGAGAGCAUGGACGACCUCCGGCUUGUUGUUCAGGGUGCUGACAUGGUCUUCGUCACCUGCGGGAUGGGAGGCGGCACCGGUUCUGGGGCGGCACCGUAUGUAGCAGAAGCUGCCAGGGACCAGGGCUGCUUGACCGUCGGUGUCGUGACUAAACCUUUCGCGUUUGAAGGCCGGAAGCGCAUGAGUCAGGCGAAUGAGGGAAUCGAGCUCCUGAGGGAAAAGGUGGACACGCUGAUCGUCAUCGCCAACGACAAGCUCUUGCAGAUCGUACCUGAAGACACCCCCGUGCAAGAUGCGUUUCUCGUAGCGGACGACAUUCUCAGGCAGGGCGUGGUGGGAAUUUCGGAGAUCAUCAUCAAGCCCGGAUUGGUCAACGUUGAUUUCGCCGAUGUCAGGUCUGUGAUGAACAAGGCCGGGACGGCCCUGAUGGGACUCGGAAAGGCCAAGGGAAAGAACAGGGCUGCCGAGGCUGCAAGAGCGGCGAUCGAAUCCCCGCUGCUCGACUUCCCGGUGACCGACGCAAAGGGAAUCGUGUUUAACAUCAUUGGAGACGCGGACCUCACGCUGGCGGAGAUCAACGAGGCGGCCAGCGUCAUCUACGCAAACGUCGAUCCCGACGCCAACAUCAUCUUCGGAGCCCUCGUGGAUGCGGAUGUCGCGAGAUGCCUGGCAGUGGGAGACCGGUUAUUCGUACACAGCGAGCUACGUCAAGGAGCAACUGGUGUACAACCAAAUCAAGCCGGAAAAAGCGCCACCGCCGCCGCCGUCUCUCGGCACCGCCCAGGGAAGCAAAAACUCGUUCCAAAAAGAUCAGGAAUGGGACCUAGCCGCCUUCCGGCGACCCGAAGAGUUAGCAUUCAUAGCGGCAUAACUUGA